UACUGUCAUCCGCCAUAUUGCUCGCCUACCCAUUGACACUUUCGCAGGUGGGGAUAUUUGUAGAUUUUUAUCAAAAGUUUGUAAAGUUUCACUUGUUCUAAAAUGAGUGAUCAGGAAAAUAAACCAAGACUUUGUCAUUUGUCGAAGUGGCCUGACAAUAUUUUCCCAGGAUACGGUUUUAAUUUACAUGCUGAAAAGGGAAAAGCAGGGCAGUAUAUUGGAAAGGUAGACGAAGGGUCCCCUUCUGAAGCGGCAGGAUUAAAGGAGAGUGAUCGUAUUGUUGAAGUCAAUGGAGUUAAUAUUGGCAACGAAAACCAUCAACAAGUUGUCACUCGUAUAAAAGCUGGGGGAGAGGAGGUUAAGUUAUUAGUUGUCGAUGCAGAAACUGACAGGAUCUACAAGGAAAAUAAACAGGUUGUUCGCAGCGAUCUGCCCGAAGUUGUGUAUUUAACUUCUAUAAGACCACGCCCCGAUGAACAAGAUAAUACAGAUGAUGCACAAGCAAGUCCAAGAAGUUCUGUUGGGGGAGAGGAAGAUAGAAAGUCUGAAAGAUCAGAGAGGUCAGAUCGAUCAGAGCCACAAGAACCAGAACCACAGGAGCCUGAACCAGAGAUAGAGCAAGUCACAGCUGCCACCAGUGAAAUAGAAGUCCAAAGAGAAGAGGAAUUAGAUUCAGAACAUUUACCACGUAACUGCAAAAUAACAAAAUGGCCUGAUUUUCAGGGUUAUGGCUUUAAUUUGCAUGCUGAACGUGACCGUGUUGGACAGUUCAUUGGCAAAAUUGAUGAAGAUUCUCCAGCAGAAGAAGCAGGUCUCAGAGAAGGUGACAGGAUCCUUGAAGUUAAUGGAGCAAAUAUAGAAAAUGAGACACAUCAGCAGGUGAUAGCCAGAAUAAAAGCAGGUGGUGACUGCACAACAAUGUUAGUUCUGGACAGAGAAGGUGAUGACCACUACAAAUCUAAAGGGAUUACAGUGUCUUCACACAUGUCCAUUGUUAAACAGUUGUUAAAUCAGCCAAGAGGUGUAAGCAAUGGUGUACAACCUAAUGAAGAAAUCACAAAUGAUAGGAAUCAGGAGGAAGAUAUAUCACCGGAUUAUUAUCCACGUUUGUGUCAUAUCAAAAAGUGGCCAGAUUUUCAGGGAUAUGGAUUUAAUUUACAUGCUGAAAGAGACAGGAAAGGCCAGUUUAUUGGUCAGAUUGAUGCUGGAUCACCAGCUGAUGCAGGUGGUUUAAAGGAUGGAGAUAGAAUUAUUGAAGUUAACGGGGAAAAUGUGGAAGAUGAUUCACAUCAACAAGUGAUACAAAGGAUUAAAGCUGGUGGAGACCAAACAAAAAUGUUAGUGUUGGACAGAUCAGCUGAUGACUAUUUCAGAGCAAAAGGAAUUAGUGUUAAUGGUAGAAUGUCUAAUGUUAAAAAUAUUACAACUCCUGAGAGAAGCUCACAAGUAAAUGGUACAUCUACAAAUGUAACAAAUAAUGCUUCACCUGUCUCCAAUUCAUCAUACCAAACAGGCUAUGUACCACCCAAGCAAGAACCCGUAUCCAGGCCACCACCAACAUCUAGUAAUGGCGGAGUCGACUUUACAAAAUUAUCAGCAAAAGAAAUGAGAGAAUUAGUGGCUUCCAAGAAAAAGAAAGAUCCUAGGAAAGAAAAUACUGACUUUAGAAGGAAAUAUGAUGAAUUUAAUAAGCUGUGAAAAAACAAAUUAUUCAAUAAUCAAAUAUAUAUCCAAUUAAUAUAUAUGUGAGUUCCAAUGCAAGUUAGUGAUGGUUUACAAUCAAGUAUUCAGUCCUGACAAACAUUCCGUUCUGUUCCAGGUGAUCUAAAGAUAAUUAAAUAGUCUAGAAGAUGAUUUAUUACAGAGAGAAUGUAAAUUGUGCUGUAUGAUUGACAUUUUAUAAUCAACUAGACUCUACAAAGUAGAGCUAUUGUUAUUUCAUUCCCAUUGACAUACUUGUAUGUUUCAUAUACAUGUAUAUUAUUCAAGACCAGGAGCUUGGAAGUCUAGAAUGGGGAUGUACAUGUAAUUGUUGAAAAAAUGUGUAUUCUGAAUGUUAAAAAAAUGAUUUGGCAUGAAUAAUCUGUUAAUUUACAAAAAAUUAUACAAUUCAUUACACAAUAUUUUGGGCAACUAUUAUUUGUUAUUUAAAAGAGCAUUCUAAAACUUGAUAGUAUGAAAUCAAAUGUGAAAAUCUGUAAGAAUUCUUAAAUGUUUAGACUCAGGAAAUAUUGUUUUCAUAGUGGUUUCUAUAAAAAAAAAAAUGCAUUCUUUGAAUUUUUUGUACUACCAAAGUAUUCAGUUUUACUCUUGUCACAUAUAUUGUUUUGAGGACGAUAUUUUUUCUAAUUCAUAAAGCGGUUGUGAAUUGAGUCAGAUAUUAUAGAAAUAAAAUAUUUACGUGUAUGUAUGUAACUUAUUGGCAUCUCAUCAAAUAAUGCAUGCUUGAUCUUUUCAAGAUAGGAAAAACACAGCCUUUAAUUUCCACAACUUGCUUAUUAUAAUUUACAAUAAUUAAUUUAGUGCUAAUUGUUUAAUUGUUAUAUUGUGUUUGCUCAAGAAGAAAACUGGCAUUGUUUAUCAAAUCUCUUCAUUUUCAUUCCAUUGAUACACUAACUUUUGAGAAAAACACUAUUUUUUAUUUGAGGGUUGUAUCUUUUCAUGGAGAUUUGUUGAAUUUUAAAAAAAAUCUUAGAAUGUCAUGAUUGAAUUUCUAGAUGGAAAUGUUUUCAUGUACAGAAUCAAAACAAUAAGAGACUACAAUUAAGAGCUCAACAUUAUUAAUGUUUGAGAACAGUUUUACAGUUGAAGAAUAGUCUCACUAAAAUUUGACAUUCUUUUGGUCAAUGAAAUUAAUUAAGAUUUAGGUGACUUAUUAUUAAGAUAGUAAUUGGAAAAAUUCAUGUAUUUUGUGAUAAUAACAUUGUCUCAGUCAUUUUUGUCAGUUGUUCAUUUAAGAAAAAUGAUAUUUUUAUUCUAUUAUAUUUUUAUACAUUAUAUAUAUGGGAUUAUUGUGGUAUAAAUGUGAUUUUCCAGAUAACAUUAACAGAAAUAUAUUCCAACUAAAGCUCCUGUUUCAUAAUCAACUCUGCUUUUCUCCAAACUGUUACAUCUGUUUCUUCUAGGUCUUAAAAGAUAUGCCUUCCUAACUGUACAGUUCCAUGUUCAAAACGGCUAUUGUUAUGUUUUUAUUGUCCAAAGAAUUCUUGUGGCAGCUGAGUGUUAAAAUUGUCAACGACACUACAUAAAAACAGAAAUAAAUUAUCCUGAUUGUCAGUAUUAUAGAGAACCCUGAAAGUGGAUAAAUUUUAGUGAAGUUCCAAAAUUUUGUUAAAUGGAUGCACAGAAUUUCACAGGUUGACUGAUGGAAAUACAUAAAAGUUAAAGAAAGAAUGAAUUGAAUUUUCAUAUAGAAAUGAAGUUCAAAAUAGCCCUUAAUGUUUUAAAAAUUAUUGACGAUAUGGUAUCAAUACUUUGCUUGGAUGUGGAAUUAUUUUUAUCAAUACAUACCUUAAAAGUAUUAAGAUAUGAAAUAUUUGUAUUACAACCCAGAUAUUAUUGCUCUUUAAAUUUGUGAUAACAAAAAUCAAUAGAAACAACUGAUUAAAAUGUCUACUAUACCUGUUGCUUAGUUGAGAUAACAUUUAAUUUUUGGUUAGAACUAGAGCAUUGUAAUAAUCUUUCUCCUGGCAAUAAAGCUAUCAAUUUAAGGAGCUUCAAAAGUUUAUUGCCACUUAGAUAUUUUCAUUUGGAAAAUUACAUUGUCAUGAAAUUUGAGUUGUUUUUUUUUAUAUUGGCAUAAAUUGAAAAUUAAUUGUGAAAUGUAGAUCAGAAUAUUUAUACAUGUAGUUUUGAGUUAAUAUUAUUUACAGUAUAAAUAAAAAUGCAAGUUUUGAGCUCUAUUUUGGUCAUUAUGCAAUCUAACUAAAGUUGAAAUGUCAUCUUGGGAAGUGUAAUCUCUCAUUAUUUAGUCCCCUUAAUUUAGGUGUGUACUGUAUGAUUUUCUAAGACCAACAGGUUUUCUAAGGACCAUGAAAUAUUUGCAAGGGCUCUGUUUUUCAUAAACUUGAAAUUAUUGACAAUAAAAUUGAUGGAAGGUUAUUUGUAAAAGAUCUUUUGAGAUAAGCAGCUGAGCACAUGGUAACAAUUAAUUCAUAAAAGAAUAGUGCUACUAUUGAAUUUUAUAAUUUAAUUGUCAUUUAUUUUUUUAUAGAAACUUCUAAUAAUGAUUUUACUAAGAAUGUAUAAGUAUUCUUUCAAUGAUGCAAAUACACUAUGGACAACGAAAAUUUAGCUAUGUUAAUCAAAUUUUGGGGAAUUCUGCAUACUUUUAAAAUUAUUACUAUUUUAACAAUUGGAGAAUAUUUGGCUUUAACUGAUGUAACAGCUUACUAAUUUAAUAUAUGAUUUAACAUUGUAACUAGCAUUGGAGUCUACUAAAAUAGAAUGGCCAUCCUGCAAUGUAUAUUCUUUCCACAUGUUUGUAUUUCUCUUCCUUGUAUGGAUAUAAUGAUAUCAUGUGACCACAUUGCUGUACUUUCAUUUUCAUGGGUAUAUGAUGUGCCAGUUUAUUGCCUUUUAGUAUAGAGGUUAUUUGUCCAGAGUAAAAUGUGAUACAUUGUAUAUAGAUAUAUUAACAGUUAACUAUAGAGUGUAUAUAAUAUUAAAGAUAUAGAGUUUUAUAUAUACACACGUUAUAUUAAUUCUGCUUUAUUCCCAAAAAAAAACCUUGUGAUUCACAUAUUCCUCACCUUGUGUGUUUAGAUCUACUAGUGUGUAUGUGUUUAUGUUGGGCAUGCUUAAUAGGUGCAAUUCAAAUGUUAUUAUUUCCUUUAAAUUGAAAAUAUACAAAGACUCACUGCAGUUGUGCCAAUAAUUGAAAACGUUUCAUGGUAAAUUACAAGCAUUUUGAACAGUAUUUUUUUUAAACUGUUACUAGGCAUUUGCUUAAAAUAUUAUCUAAGACAUAAACGGUGUUUAAUCUCAAGUUUAUGCUGUGUUUUUAUGAAAAAUAAGGUUGUUUUCAGAUUUACGUAUUUAUUAGUACCAAAGUUCCUGGAUCAAGUUGUUUAUUGUUUAUAUUUUUACACAAAUUAAUGCUUUUCUAUAUAUUUGUGUUUAUAUCCUUUUGUAUAAUGAUUGUUAUAAUCAGAAGAUGAUGUCCGGACUCUUUAUUUUAAAGAUGACUUAGUAAAUGUUUUCAUAUAAUGUCAAGUGUUGUUCCUACAAGGAUGAUUUCUACAUUUUUUAUAAAACUAUUUUCUCUAUUGAUCAGUAAAUGAAAUGUAUGCCAUCUGUUGAAGUUUCAAUAGAUUUAAGAAUGAUUCACCUACAAGACGAAGAACAAGACAAUUUUAUAUAUUUAUCUUAUGUAUAUUGUGUAAGCAUUUACAGAAUUUUAUUUCUAAUAGUAUUAUUACGAGAUUAUUUUGAUUAUUAACUGUUGAAAAUGCAUAUCAAAAUUCUUUCAAUACAAAGACAUCGAUCAGCAGUAAAAUUAGUUAGUCCGAAGGUGCCUUUAAGACGAUUGACAUUUGAUUCUAUUGAAAUAGAUGCGCAAAUGCAUGAAAAUCUUUUCAAAUGUAAAAAUUCAAAAAUGAUUUGAUUCUGUUCCAUUUGCAUCUUCAAAGAAAGUCUAUAUAUGGUACUUAUAGAAAUAAUCUGUUAAUUAAUAAUAUUUUUCUGUGAUAGUAUCAAUAUUGCAUUCCAAUUCUCACUGAGAACUGUAAUUCCUUUAUUUAAACCAAAUGCAGUAAACUGGUCGUUGUCUUUCCAAAUAUUUUUAUUGACAGCAUUUAACAACCAGACAGAUAUUGUCUGGUAACAUCAGACCAGCUGUGAGGUGUAUUGUUAUUGUUUUGGUUUUAGUUUGAAGUAUAAAUAUCAAUAAAGGGCAUAUUUUAA